AGGUCUUCUUCCAAGGGCGUGCUCUGGCGGCGGAACCGCGCGCUGACGGACAACGACCUGCGGCUCAGCAAGAGGCUGACCCUGCUGCUGGGCCUUGGCGACCCCGACGGCGAGCCGCAGGGGUGUCCCAAGGAGGCGGAGCGCGUGAGCAGGUCGAUGCCGGCCAACGGCCUGGGCCUGGCGACCAUGAUCAAGAGCAGGAUCAAACGGUUCCAGACCAGGUCCCGCGAGCCCAGCGCCGAGGAGAGCCAGCGCGGCGUGAUGAUAGAGCCGGUCUACGAUUUCUACACCUUCGAGGACAAGCGGCUGCACACUAGGAGGAUGGACGAUUCCGUGUUCCACCACCGUGCCAAGCCUACAGAGCCCACGAGGUUGGGAGCGGAGGCGGAGGCGGACAUGAACAGCGAGUCCCUCAGCGACUCCGACGAUUCGGACGCCUCGUCCCAGGAGUCGCCGAGACCAUGUAAGGUCAAGUUUGACGUGGACUCGCCGUCACCGAGGCGCGCUUUCUGCAGGCGAUGGAGCGACCCGUCGUGCACUGCAGGCGAGGCGCUGGCCUCGUCGACGGGCGCGGCGUCCUCGAGCAGCCGGGGGCUCGCCUGGAAGAAUCGGCCCCGCUUCACCAGCAACCGGAACGUCGAGGCCGUCGCGCGCUGGGGCGAGCUUACCGGCAAGCUGAUGCACACGCGGCUGCUGGACUUUGCGACCGCCGCGGCCAAGCUCAGGUACAAGACCAGGCUGACUGGGGCGCGGACGUCAGGAGGCCUGGUGCUGGGCAGCGCCAGAGGCAGAGCCAGGGCCGUCGUGAAGCAGGCGUGGCAGCUGGCGAAGCUCGUGAACAAGGAGACCCGCGACGCGUUCGACUCCGGCUGGGGCAAGAAGGGCUUCCUGGUGGAGCUCUUCAGCCAGGAGUACGUCGACACGCUGGCCCUCUUCGCGCGGUCCGCCUCGAAGAUCUGCGCCGUCCAGCCGUCGCUGGUGGAGGCCCGCGCGCCCUGCAAGAUCUUCGGCGACAUCCACGGCCAGUUCAGGGACCUGUUGCUCAUAUUCCGCGCUUUCGGCAGCCCUGACGAGCGCGAUGCGCCGAUGUUCGUCUUCAACGGCGACUUCGUCGAUCGUGGCGAGCACCAGCUGGAGGUCAUAGGCCUGCUGCUCGCGUUCAAGGUGCUGCUGCCCGAGAAGGUGUGGCUGGUGCGGGGCAACCACGAGUUCCGCUUCAUGAACGAGAGGUACGGCUUCCUGGACGAGUGCAACCAGAGGCUGGGGUCGUUUGGGCCCAAGCUGUUCGAGCUCUUCCACCUGGCCUUCGACGUCAUGCCCGUCGCCUGCCUGAUCUCCGACCGCAUCCUGUGCGUGCACGGCGGCAUCGGCGAGGGGAAUUUCAAGGUCGACGACAUCCGGGGAAUCCGUCGUCCGCUGAACGACGACAACACGGACGCGUGGGUCCACAACCUGCUGUGGUCGGACCCAAUCGAGGACGACACAGAUAAGAGCGACGUCUUUGGUGUACAUGCCUCCCCGCGGGGCGGCGCGGUGUCCACCUUCGGCUGGAACGUCACAAAGUCCUUCUGCGCCCGCAACGGCCUAGGCCUCAUCAUCAGAAGCCACCAGUCCAAGCGGGACAGCCUCGGGAUCGACAUCAUGCACGACAACCUGCUCAUGCGCGUCUUCACCGCCCGGGACUACGAGGGCCACGGCAACGACGGGGCGGUGCUCUUGGUGAAGCCGGCGAGCGACGCGCAGCCGCGGGGCGGCGUGCUGCUGGUGCGGCCUCAGGUGUUGCGGUCGGUCGCCAAGGGCAAGAGGGCGAGGGCCGCCCAGAAGGCGAGGCGGAGGGCAGAGGCGCAGGCAGCAGCUCUGGCGGCGGGCGAGCGCUCGGCCGUGGGGGGCGGCGGCUCGGGCCCGGACUCCGACUCCGAGUCCGAGGACGAGGACGACGGUCCCGCCUUCGAGAGCACGAGGUCUCUGAGGCGUGGCGUCCCGGGCUGAUCUCGCACGCCGGGUGCUCUCAGCUGCACCGUACUGGAGGUCUAGAGUCCGAGGCGGGAAUAUAUCCACAACCACCCCCUGGGGCAUUGAUCUUCGGGGACCCCGGCAGGCGGUGGGUAUGG